AAAUUAAAAUUGCUCAAAAUGAGACAGGAAUAAUCAUUUCUUCGAAGAGUACACUGUGCCGAUUUAAAUAUUUUUAUUAAAUGGGGACAAUUCAAAUCAGGAAAAAGUUUAAUAAUAAUGAUUAAUCAACUUUAUUAUUUGUUGAUACUGAUAUGAGCUAUAAAAAUAGCUCCAAACACUCAAGAAAGCAGCAGUCUAUAAUAUUUUGAGAUCAGCGUGGCAGUGACCAGCUGACUAUCCUAAUUCCUAACCUCACUUUCUGUAAUAAUAAUCUUUGUUCUGUUUAUCUGUCAAGUUGACUGUAAAUGUAUUUUUUUACUGAACUGAUUUUCUAAUUCAUGUUAAUAAUUUAAUAGACUGCAUAGAGUUCUUUGUUCAAAAAUGGGUCUGCUAAGUGUUUUGAAAAAAAUGAAACAGAAAGAAAAAGAAAUGCGGAUUUUAAUGUUGGGUCUUGAUAACGCUGGAAAAACCACAAUUCUGAAAAGGUUCAAUGGCGAAGCAAUUGAUACAAUAUCACCGACUUUAGGAUUCAACAUCAAAACGUUAGAACAUCGAGGUUACAAGCUGAACGUGUGGGACGUGGGCGGGCAAAAGUCUCUGCGCUCCUAUUGGCGCAACUACUUCGAGAGCACCGAUGGCCUCAUCUGGGUGGUGGACAGCGCCGACAAGCGACGCCUGCAGGACUGCGCAGUCGAGCUGCACAAGCUGCUCCACGAAGAGAAACUGGCUGGAGCCACUCUGCUGGUAUUUGCUAACAAACAAGAUCUUCCAGGAGCUCUGACUGCCGAAGAAAUUAGAGACGUUAUGAACCUGAACAACAUUAAGACUCAUCACUGGAUAAUAAUCAAGUCGAGUGCAGUGACAGGAGAAAACCUUUUGAAAGGCAUUGACUGGCUUAUCGAUGACAUUGCUGCCCGUAUCUUCACACUUGAUUAGUCACUAAUAACUAAUUAACAAUCUGUCAAUUUUCUUUUCUAAAUAAAUUUAUAUAUAAACUAUUUAAA